AUGAGUCAACACAAACAAACUCUAACUGGGGAAAAACGCGCGGCAAUGGACGCCGGGUUUGUCAAGUCUUCUAAACGCUUGCGUGUAAACGACCGAGUCCGACGUGACCGUGCAAUAAGCGCUGGGGAUUAUGAUCUCGCAAGAAAGAUCGAAGAAGAAGCAAUUCCCUUUGCUGGGAGGGAAUCGCAUCUAUCUAUUGGAGACAAUGGAAGCGAUAUCAUCAAUACUAGUAUCGUAUGUAGUGAAAGCAGUGAAGAGGCUCAUUCUUCGGAAAGGGACAUGGAAAGCACCCAUUUACCGAACAUUCCAGGUGUAACAUACCGAGGUGAAGUUGAUAAUGACCAAGAUGACCAAGAUGACCACCUUUAUCAUGAAAAAUUUGACCUUCCCCUCGUCAAGCACGAGUUCCAACACGACGGUCGAGUUCAGAACUUGAUUACAAGCAAAUACGUGGACGCAAAGACUAAAAACGGGCUUCGAUAUAUGAAAAGAUUCAAAGUUGCACCAAAUACGUACAAAGUCGAAUAUAAUCAUGGAAAAGAUGCUUUGGAAAUUGCUAGCGGGCGACUUGUACCAAAUCAUUUCUCGUUGCAGCAAAUGCCCGCACGCGAAACCCAGCAUAGACAGUAUCUGUCUUGCGGGCAAUACGACGACGUCGAUUUAGUAAACUGUCAGCCGACUAUUGCCAAUCAGUUUCUCCUUCAACGCAAUCUAAUUGUUCCGCAAAUGCAAUACUAUGUUGAAAAUCGACAGGACUGUCUUAAAAAAUGGAAUAUGGAGAAACAUGAUGUGAUUGCGGUACUCAACACCGUUAACGCGGUAAAUUGGCACCCCGAUCUCAAAGCCAUUCACCGUGCCAUUUAUGAGAAACUCGUCCCCAUUCUUAAAGGGGAAAACCCUGAUAUUUGGCAAAAAGUUUUGAAAUCUCGAAAACCGAAAACAGUAAAUAACCGCGAAGGAUCAUUUUUCUCGCAGGUGUGCCAAACGACCGAAAACACGAUGCUACUUCUUAUGCACCACUACUUUCUUAAUGCAAAGUUUCGUCCCGAUGUUCUCAUUUCUGAUGGUUGCCAGAUUCGUAAAGAUCCCGAAAAUCCUCUUACCCCUGACCACUUGCGAGCAUGCGAGCAAUACAUCUUUGACAAAACUCAAAUGCAGACGAGGAUAGCCAUUAAACCUAUGGAAGUUCCCGCCUCCUACUAUGAAAGAUUUGGUUUAAUUGCGGAUAAUGAUCAUCACCAAUUAUUUCCCAUCCUGGAUGAGAACACGGUAUUUGCUGAUUCAACCGAGGAGAAAGAGCCUUUAUUUCUCGAACCUUUGUACCCAGAAAAUCCACGUCUUGACGAACUAGCGAAGAGCAUGAUCUGUGAAAAGUCUCACGCGGCAUGUGCUCAAUUCAUCUCCGAAUUAUGGAGAAACGAUUUCUUCUAUGGAGAUAAUAGUUGGUGGCACUUUGAAAAUCAUUACUGGAAAGAUUCACCUUAUUCUAUGACGCAUAAAAUAAUGUUCGAGUUAUUCCCAAUUCUUGACGAAUUGACAAGUUGGCGCGACACAGGUGGUGAUCUAGAUGGACAUAUCUCGAAUCUCAAGCGGAGUUUAUCAGAUUUACCCACAUCCAAGAAUAUCGCAUCCGCGUGUAUUGGUCAUUUUCAGAAACUAGACUAUCACGCAUUUAAAUGUAGUUUGAAUCGAGACUUGGCGCUACUGUGCUUUAAAAAUGGAGUCUACGAUUUGAACGCCGGGCAUCUUAGGGAUGGCAAACCCCAAGACCGCAUCUCUAUACAGAUUAAUUACGACUUUGUUGAUUUUUCGCUUCCGGAAAACGUGCAUAUUUUCAAGCGUCUUGGGACGAUUCUCCAACAAAUCCUUCCGGAUCGUGACGAGCGGGAGUAUGUUCUUGAUAUCCUGGCUUGUGCUCUUGGAGGAAAAAGGACCAAUAAACUUGAAAUCCUUCUCGGCGAGGGCGCAAAUGGGAAAUCGCUGCUGACUCAACUUAUGGAGUUAGCAUUAGGGCCAUAUGCAACCUCUUGGAGCACCGCAAUGCUGUGUACAGAAUUCGACCCUACCGCACCAAACACCGAGUUGAACAGGGCCAGACACGUCCGAUUCAUCAAUAUCCAAGAAGGCAAGAAAUCAUCGCAGUUUAACAUGGAAACAUUUCGAAAGUACACGGGAGGAGAUUCUUUCAAUGGUAUACGUGAUCUGUUUGAGAAAGGAAGCGGGGUAACUUCAUUCGUACUGCAUGCUCAACUUUGGCUAUCACUCAAUACGCUUAUGGCAAUAUCCGAGGCGAACCACGCGACUUGGAGACGGUUAGAGUUGCUUGAAAUGCGGUCCAAAUUUGUCGAGGAUGAGUCUGAGGUAGAUGUGAAAAACAAUCGGUAUCUCGCGGAUGAGUGUUUGAAGAACGAACUGCACAGUCUUGCUCCGGCAUUUAUGUGGUUAUUGGUGGAAAAACGCUACAGAGACAUGCGAGAUAAGAAUGACUUUGUUUUAUCUCCGCCCACCUCAGUUAUUGAAGCAACGGAGAGAUAUCGCAGUGAACAGAAUGUUUAUCAACUCUUCUUUGAUGACAUGUGUACCUUUGAUUCUGAAGGUCGCAUCUUCAAUACGGAACUAUUUGAGAAAUGUCAGCAGUGGGCAAAAAUCAACCUUAAAGCGGUUACAAAGGCCGAUAUGAAAAAGUGGCUGUUGAACCAACCGGGCGUUCAAUGGAAAGAUUCGUUAAAGAUCAUGAAAAGCGUAGGCGACUUUGGUCAAAGAAGUGUAGAGAAAGUGUCACGAGGAUAUCUAGGAAUCAAAUUGAAUAAGUAUGAGUAG